AUGGCGGGCGUCGGUCACCUGCCUGCGCUGGGCUUUGGGGAGAAGCUGAAGCACCACAUCGAUCAGCUGAAGGCGACUUUGCUGGAGGAGUAUGAGGCGGAGGUUGCUGUGACGACGCACCCGGCCCCAAGGGGCUUGGUGGAGAUGCGGAGCACUGUGGCACCCAGUUGGGCACAAGCCUUCUCCUGUGCCUCCCUUGAGAAGUGCAGGACCAGGCCAGCGCUCAAGAUUUCCCAGGUCCAGCGCCAUGCGUCUCCCGUCCUCACCGACGUGGUGGCCGCGGCGGCGGUGGCUACGAACCAGCAGAAGGAGGCCUUUGUGGCUGCGAGCGGCGAUUCGGACUCGGAGGGUGGUGAAGGAAGCCUGAAGCACAGCAACCUCAUCGGCAAGAUCCCUGCGGAGUUCAUGACGAUGGCUGCUGCUUUCCUGCUGGCGCGGGAUGCGAAGGAGCUCACGCCCACGAUGCGAUGGGGCAAACUCGUCUUCGGCUUGGAGAACCCGCAGGAGAAGCCGCCGGAGGUCAAGGCUCUGUCGCUGAAGGUCUAUGACCAGUGGUCCAACUGCGAGCCGGAUGCAGAAGGCGUCACGCGCGACGUGCUGCGCUGCAACUCCGUGCUGAAGGAGGAGGCGAUGCGAGUCAACACCAGGCUGAUAGACGGCCGAUCCUGCAUGCAGCCCUUCAUCAUGCAUCCGGACACGGCCUUCAAGGCUGUCUGGACCUGCUUUGGCGUGGGCUUCAUCUGCUGGGAUCUCCUGACCGUGCCCCUGGCGCUCUUCGAGGUUGGCAGUGCCAUGCAAGCCAUGAUCGAAGUGAUGAGCUAUGCCUCCUUCUGCUUCUGGGUCAUCGACCUGCUUUUGAACUUCGUGACUGGCAUGGAGAUGCCCUAUGGCCUGGAGUUCCGUCCCAAGAGGAUCGCUAUCAAUUACCUCAAGUCUUGGUUCCUGCCCGACCUGGUCAUUGUCCUGGUGGAUGUGGGCUUGAAGGUCACCGAACUGGUGGCGGCGAACUCUUCUGACUCGCUCAGCUACGUGCGGCUGCUGCGGGUGCUGCGGUUCCUGCGAUUUAUCCGGCUGCUUCGCAUCUCCAAG